GCGACCCUCCCUGAGCGUGGGGCUCAGGCGGCCCUUGUCCCCAGGGCCAGGAACCUACUCCAGACCCCCUGAACUUCGGGGUCCGGCUCCUCUCCAUCAUCCCAGGCAGGCCAGGCUGGGAGCAGGCUGCCCUGGGGCCCUGUUUCAGGUGCCAGCCCCUGCCCCUGGGCAUUCCCAGGCCGCGUCCCAGCAGGAUGUGGACAACACAGCGGUGGUCCUAGGGGAGCCAGAGGAACAGCAGAGGGUGCAGCAGCUGGAGUCGGAGCUCAGCAAGAAGCGGAAGAAAUGCGAGAGCCUGGAGCAGGAAGCCCGGAAAAAGCAGAGGCGAUGUGAGGAGCUGGAGCUGCAGUUGAGAGAAGCCCAGAACGAGAAUGCCCGCCUGGCGGAGGAGAACUCGCGGCUACACGGGAGAGCCACAGAGAAGGAGCAGGUGGAGUGGGAGAAUGCGGAGCUGAGGGGCCAGCUCCUGGGGGUGACGCAGGAGAGGGACUCAGCCCUUCGUAGGAGUCAGGGCCUGCAGAGCAAGCUGGAGAGCCUGGAGCAGGUGCUGAAGCAUAUGCGGGAGGUGGCCCAGCGGCGGCAGCAGCUGGAGGUGGAGCAUGAGCAGGCUCGGCUCAGCCUGCGGGAGAAGCAGGAGGAGGUCCGGAGGCUGCAGCAGGCCCAGGCAGAAGCCAAGAGGGAACAUGAAGGCGCCGUGCAGCUGCUGGAGUCCACCUUGGAUUCCAUGCAGGCUCGGGUUCGAGAGCUCGAGGAGCAGUGCCGGAGCCAAACCGAGCGCUUCAGCCUCCUGGCACAGGAGCUCCAGGCCUUCCGCCUGCACCCGGGCCCCUUGGAUCUGCUCACAUCUGCUCUGGGCUGCGGUGCCCUUGGGGACCAGCCACCACCCCCCUGCUGCUGCUCUACCCCCCAGCCCUGCCAGGGGUCUGGUCCCAAAGACCUGGACCUCCCGCCUGGCUCUCCUGGGCGCUGCACCCCGAAGUCUUCUGAGCCCGCCCCUGCCACUCUCACUGGAAUCCCUCGAAGGCCAGCCAAGAAAGCCGAGUCUCUCUCCAACUCCUCUCGCUCCGAAUCCGUCCACAACAGCCCCAAGUCAUGCCCUACGCCCGAGGUGGAUACCGCCAGCGAGGUGGAGGAGCUGGAGGCAGACAGUGUCUCCCUGCUCCCAGCAGCACCGGAGGGUGGCCGGGGAGGAGCCAGGAUCCAGGUCUUCCUGGCACGCUACAGCUACAACCCCUUCGAGGGCCCCAAUGAGAAUCCAGAGGCGGAGCUGCCGCUGACAGCGGGCGAGUACAUCUACGUCUAUGGCAGCAUGGACGAGGAUGGGUUUUUUGAAGGGGAGCUCAUGGAUGGCCGACGGGGCCUGGUCCCUUCCAAUUUUGUCGAGCGCGUGUCCGAUGACGACCUCCUGACCUCCCUGCCUCCGGAGCUGGCCGAUCUGUCCCACAGCUCAGGUCCCGAACUCAGUUUCCUGAGCGGAGCUGGGGGCGGCAGCAGCAGUGGGGGGCAGAGCAGCGGGGGCCGCAGCCAGCCCAGGCCCGAGGAGGAGGAGAAGGAGGACGCGGCGGAGGAGCUCAGUGGGAGCCCCCAGCCCGAGGGUCUGGGCGAGCCUCCCGCCGUGCCUUAUCCCCGCCGCCUGGAGGUUCUCAAGCAGCUGGCCCACAGCGUGGUGCUGGCCUGGGAGCCGCCGCCAGAGCGAGUGGAACUGCACGGCUUCCGUAUCUGCGUGAACGGGGAGCUACGUCAAGCCCUGGGGCCCGGGGCGCCCCCUAAGGCUGUGCUUGAGAACCUGGACCUGCGGGCCCGGCCCCUGCAUGUUUCUGUGCAGGCGCUGACCAGCAGGGGCGGCUCGGACCCUCUGCGCUGUUGUCUGGCCUUGGGUGCCGGGGCCGGGGUGGUCCCUAGCCAGCUGCGGGUCCAUAGGCUGACAGCCACGUCUGCUGAGAUCACCUGGGUGCCUGGCAACAGCAACUUGGCCCAUGCCAUCUACCUCAAUGGGGAGGAGUGUCCGCCUGCCCGCCCCAGCACCUACUGGACCACCUUCUGCAACCUGCGGCCUGGCACACUCUACCAGGCCCGAGUGGAGGCCCAGCUCCCACCCCGCGGGUCCUGGGAGCCAGGCUGGGAGAAGCCAGAGCAACGAGCUGCCUCCCUGCAGUUCACCACCCUCCCGGCAGGCCCACCUGAUGCCCCCCUGGAUGUGCAGAUCGAGCCAGGGCCCUCCCCUGGAAUCUUGAUCAUCAGCUGGCUUCCGGUCACCAUCGAUGCUGCCGGGACCUCCAACGGUGUCCGGGUCACGGGCUACGCCAUCUAUGCCGACGGGCAGAAGAUCAUGGAGGUGGCCUCGCCCACUGCAGGCAGCGUGCUGGUGGAGCUGUCCCAGCUGCAGCUGCUGCAGGUGUGCCGCCAGGUCACCGUGCGCACCAUGUCGCCCCACGGCGAGUCGGCUGACUCCAUCCCCGCUCCUGUCGCCCCGGCCCUGUCUCCAGCCUGCCUGCUUGCCAGGGUCUCCUGCUCCUCACCACGACCAAGCCCAGAGGCCAGACCACCUCCUGCUCCGGCCUCCCCAGGGCUUGGAGACCCCAGCUCUCCCCUCCGGUGCCCUGCUCCCCAUGGAACUCAAGAUCCACCGGGGGGGCCUCCAACAAGCCCUGGCAGAGAGACGCCAAGGGGACCCCGAGAGGAACCGCUAGCACCUUGCUCCCAGGGGGAAGUUGGGGAAACUGCUCUGGGCACUGCAGAGCGGGGCGCCGGCGAGCCAAGCCUGGCUGAGGGAGGCCCUGGCCCUGUGGCUCCCUCCCUGGCCAAGCAGGAAGCCGAGUGGACUGCGAGAGAGGCCUGCCUGGCCCCCUGCUCCAGGCAGGGGGCAGUGGUGCAGAGGACGCCUGGUACCGAGGCCUGCCGUGGAGGAGAUGCAGGGUCUGCGCUGAGAACUAGGGCCGAGAGGGAGGACACGGCAGAGCUCGGGGGUCGUCUGGUGAACCCCCUUGUGGAUCACGGCCGCAACUCAGACCUGUCAGAUAUCCAGGAGGAGGAGGAGGAGGAAGAAGAGGAAGAGGAGCUGGGUUCUAGGACCCGCUCCUUCCAGAAGCAGGUUGCUGGCGACAGCACCAGGGAGAGUGGGGCCAAGCCCCAGCCCGACCCCUUUUGUGAGACUGACAGUGAUGAGGAGAUCCUGGAGCAGAUCCUGGAGCUGCCCCUCCAGCAGUUCUGCAGCAAGGAGCUCUUUAGCAUCCCCGAAGAGGAGGAGGAGGAGGAGGAGGACGAGGAGGAGGAGCAGCGGCGGGCAGCCCAUUCUUCCAGAGCCCCUGGGCCGCCUGAACCUGCUCUGCUGGGGCUUGGCUGUGACGGCGGCCAGCCCCAAGGACCCGGCCUGUGUUCCUUGGCCGCGGAGCCCUCCAGGGGCGGGGACCGCCUGGAGGACGUGCCUGGCGUAGUUGGCGGAAGCAGCCGGAGGAGAGGAGGGGGCUCCCCGGAGAAGCCCCCGAGCCGCAGGCGGCCUCCAGACCCCCGUGAACACUGCAGCCGGCUCCUCAGCAGCGGCGGGCCCCAGGCUCCUGGGCGGCCGGGCCCCACGCGGGAGAGGGGCGGCUCCUCGGUGGUUGAGGGCACCAAGGUUGGCCUUGAGGCUGGCGGGAGAGGGCGGUCGGCUCCUUCCCGAAGGUGCCCGCGAGGCCGGGCCCCGGAAUCCGGCCUGGCCAGCUGCCUCUCCCCCAAGUGCUUGGAAAUCAGCAUCGAGUAUGACUCCGACGAUGAGCAGGAGGCGGCCAGUGGGGGCGUCAGCAUCAGCAGCUCCUGCUACCCUGGAGACGGGGAGGCCUGGGCCACUGUACCCGGAGUCAGGCCCAGGGGCCCUGUGAAGGCCAGUCCAGGCCCCAGCCCCUCCUCCCGCCUCCCAGCCUGGGAGAAAGGGGAGCUGGAACGGAGAGGCCGCAGCACGACUGGCAGAGCCAAGGAGCCCCCCUCCCGGGCAACAGAGCCUGGGGAACCCAGAACGCAGGACAGCUCUGGAAGGAGGGGCUUCCAGCGGAGAGGGGCCCGGGCCCCCCGGCCAGGUGCCACAGAGCUGGCCCCUCCAAGGAGCCCUCCAGAAGCACUGGCUUCCCAGGACCUGCCUAUCAGGGUCUUUGUGGCCCUGUUUGAUUAUGACCCCGUGUCGAUGUCACCCAACCCCGACGCUGGAGAAGAGGAGCUCCCGUUCCGGGAGGGCCAGGUCCUGAAGGUGUUCGGGGACAAGGAUGCCGAUGGCUUCUACCGGGGUGAAGGCGGAGGCCGCACGGGCUACAUCCCCUGCAACAUGGUGGCUGAGGUGGCCGUGGACAGCGCCGCGGGGAAGCAGCAGCUGCUCCAGCAGGGCUACCUGGCUGCAGAGGUCCUCCCCGAGGUCUCAGGAAAUGGUCCCUUUGUGUACUCCACAGCCCGCAUAGCUGGGCCUCCACCCAAGCCCCGCCGCGCCAAGAAAGCGGAGGCCGACAACCCUGCCCAGCCCGGUCCAGGGCCCCCCCAGCCAGUCCCCUCCGCUUGCCUGAAAUCCGCGCACUCCAUGGUGGCUGCGUUUGACUACAACCCCCGGGAGAACUCCCCCAAUAUGGACGUGGAGGCAGAGCUGCCCUUCCGGGCAGGGGACGUCAUCACCGUGUUCGGGGGCAUGGACGACGACGGUUUCUACUACGGGGAAUUGAAUGGACAAAGGGGCCUGGUUCCAUCCAACUUCCUGGAGGGCCCUGGGCCCGAGGCGGGAGGCCCAGACAGAGAGCCUGGGACGUCCCAGGCCGAGAUUCAGGACUGGGCCAGCAGCACACCAGGGCCCCUGAGGCUCCCCGGCUGGGCCUGUGUCCUCGGCACUGACAGUCCUGCUAGCAUCAAUCCGGGGCCGCCCCAGGGCACCAGUGAGACGGUCCGGGGCCUCCUCUCCAUGGGGAAGCAGCUGCUCAGGAGGCUGGGCUCUGGGAAGAAGGAGUGAAGCCGUGGCCCAUGCCGCAGGCCCGAGAGCCCUCCAGAGGCCCCCUGGGACCCCCAUGGCUGUCACGGCCGGGCCCAGGACACCUGCUCUUCUGCAUAAACAAGGGGGCGCUUGGUGAGGGUCAGGGCUAGACGGGUCCUUACAGGUGCGUCCUUGGCUGGGCCCUUCCUCCUGCCACAGGGGAAACUGAGCCUCACAGCGAGUAAGUAGCGUGGCCCCGGCCACCGAGCACCUCGGCCACGCCAGGCCCGGAUCCAGACUCCGGACUCCUACACUGGCCUGCUCAUCUGCUCCCGGUUCCCCACCACGCUGUGCAAGUCCCUCCUUGGGCCCCCCCAGCCCGGGCUGGGGAGCAUGAGGGGAGAAAGGGCCCAUUCCCUGUGGUGGCUCUGGCCGUCCCCAUGGUGUCUUCCCUGCCCCGAAGGAACGUGUGCCCUGGAAGCUCCCCAGGCCCCCGCGCUCGGGCAGGCGGUGAGCCGUGUAUAUAUUGUACAUACUCAGUGCCUCAGUCCAGCUUCCUCCCUCUGCUUCCCCACGCGGCCAAGUCCUUGCCAAAGUGGCCUGCCCCCACCCACAGUGCUCCACCACCCUGCCCAGGGCCUUCUGGCCCCGAGCCCCAGGGGCCAGUGAGCAGCAAGCAGGAGCUGGGUUUGCCUUAUUUUGCUCAUUGGAUUCAAGUUCUCGUUUGCAUCGUUUUCUUCUGGCCUCUGUCAGAUUCCAGGGCUGGGGGGAAGGACAGAUUUCUGCAGCUAUUUUCAUACAUUCCCUUACACACACAUAGUGGGGCGGGGCCUCUGCGCCCCCACCCCAGCCCCCAGCCCCUGCCCGUGCCUGGGUGAGCGUCUCUUGCAUGUUUCCUUUGCCAUGGUGGGAGAUCGUCUGA